CUACGCCGUUUCCGUCAGUUCAGUUGGUGAAGACGAUGUGAUGUGAACGGUUUGAAUGGGUUGAAUGGGAGCUGUGUUGUUUUGUAUUCGCACAAAAAGUAUUUGUUUUGUCUAUUCGUUUAUUUUGUGAAGUGAAAUUUACGAGAAGACUCCAGACUCCAUAUCUUCGGAUCCAGCCUUGCUACGCUCAGACUCGCGGGAGCAAGGUGUUCGCGCACAAGAGGCGCAGCCGGUGGACCGGCAGCGCACCCUCGGCCCGCAGCAGCUCCGGACGACAGGUCGGCUCGCUGUUGGCUGAGCCCGUGACCCCCCAUCGGAUCAUCUUCUGCCGCAAACUGCAAGUGAGCGCAGCGCUGGGCCGUCCCGCCCGGCUCUUGGGGCGCUCAUGAGCUCUUCUCGGCUGGUGCACCAGACCCAUGGCCAACCGUCAGCCGCAACAGCCCCGCGAUAGAACCAGGGCAGCCAACCGGCCACACAGCCAGCACCCGGGCUCGGCCGACUCGAACUACUCCCAACCGUCCUCGGAUCUGUCCUUGGACGAGGAGAAGGAGAGCAUAAGGAGAGAGAAGGAGAACCAGGCUCGCAGUCAGCUGGAUAAGGCGCGGUCCAAGCCGGUGGCGUUCGCCGUCCGGACCAACGUGAGCUACGAUGCCGCGAUCGACGAUGACUCGCCCGUCCACGGCAGCGCCAUCUCCUUCGACGUGCGGGACUUCCUGCACAUCAAGGAGAAGUACGACAACAACUGGUGGAUCGGGCGGCUGGUGCGGGAGGGGUGUGACGUGGGCUUCAUCCCCUCCCCGGUGAAGCUGGAGACCCUGCGUCAGCAGCAGACGCAGGCUCGGUCUUCCAAGCUGUACGCCUCCAAGACGUCCUCCUCGUCCAACCUAGUUGGGAUGGGUGGUGGCGCAGGCGACGAGAGCGACUCCCUCAACCGCGGGACGGGCCCCGCCUCCCUCACCACCCCGCCGACCAAGGAGAAGCGGAAGCCCUUCUUCAAGAAGCAGGAGGCCACCACGCCCUACGACGUGGUGCCCUCCAUGCGGCCCGUCGUCCUCGUCGGGCCGUCGCUCAAGGGCUACGAGGUGACGGACAUGAUGCAGAAGGCCCUCUUCGACUUCCUCAAGCACCGCUUCGAGGGCAGGAUCAUCAUCACCAGGGUCAUGGCCGACAUCUCGCUGGCCAAGCGCUCGCUGCUCAACAACCCGUCCAAGAGGGCCAUCAUGGAGCGCUCCAACUCGCGGUCCAACUGCCUCGCCGAGGUGCAGGCCGAGAUCGAGCGCAUCUUCGAGCUGGCCAGGACGCUGCAACUGGUCGUGCUCGACUGCGACACCAUCAACCACCCGUCGCAGCUCGCCAAGACGUCGCUCGCCCCCACCAUCGUCUACCUCAAGAUCUCCUCGCCCAAGGUGC